AUGGGGUUGUCGGGUUGGGGGCAAGAGCAGACGACAAUAUAUUUGGCGACAGGAAUUCCGUUGAAGUUUCCACCCUGGGCUGCGCGGGAGCUCCGGGGUAAGCCGUUUAAGGGUGCGAAGGGGCGCAGCAAGGCUCGCGGCCAGGGCUCCCCGGGCCGCACCGCCGCCCGCAGGCGUUGGCCGCCAGAGCCGCCUUGCAAGGGAGCGCAGGUGCAGCGAGAGAAGGAGAAACUAUGGAUGCCCUGGAAUGGGCUCAUUGUGAUUGGGAAAAGAAUAGAGCUCCUGGGAAGAAACACGCUAAAGCCUAGAAUGGGGGACCCGAAGUUUGAGUCUGAGUACUGGCGGCCAGAGGCCGUAGGAAAGAUGGUGUUGAAAGAGAAAUCAGAAGUAAGUCAAGAGGAGAUGGACGCGAAGGGCCCGCGCAGCUUAACAAGUCCAUCGCAGGCUCUGGCAGACCUGGGGAAAGAUGGUCCAGGGGAGGCUGAGGAACUGCAGGAGGCCAAAGGGAAAACUGUGGCUGAAUCUAGUGAGGCAAUGAUGGCAGAGGUCCAGUCUGUGUCUGAAGAGAGGCCAGAGAUGAUGACGGAGGUUAGGAGGGAGUCAGCAUCUGAAGAGAGGUUGGGGCCCACGGUCUCGAAAGAAAAGUCAGACCUUAGUGAGACAGAGAUGGAUGAGAAGGGACUGCAAAGUGUAGCAAGUGCAUCACAGGCUUCUGCAGAUACGGGCAAAGACAGGCCGAUAGAGACUGGGGAAAUGCAAGAGGUCAGAGAGGAAACUGGGGCUGAAGCUGGUGCAGAGGUGGUAGAAGAAUCUAGGGAGGAAUCUGUGUCUGAAGAGGAGUUGGAGGUGACAACAGAGUCCAGGAGAGGGUCUGCAUCUGAAGAGAGGUUGGAGGUGGCAGAGGAGUCCAGGAGGGGGUCUGCAUCUGAAGAGAGGUUGGAGGUGGCAGAAGAGUCCGGGAGGGAGUCUUCAUCUGAAGAGAAGUUGGAGUUGGCAGCAGAGUCUAGGAGGGGGUCUUCAUCUGAAGAGAGGGGUUCUACAGAGGACAAGGUGGGGACCAGUGGAGAGGAUAUGAGAUCCAGAGGGGAUCAACUGGGACAGGAUGAGGAGCAGAGGUCCAGUGAAGAGAGUCUGGAGUCCAAAAGAGAGAAGCGGAGGCCCAAUGUAGAGAAGCGGCCCAUUAGAGAGAGGCGUCGGUCCACUGUAGAGAAGCCUAUGUUCAGGGCAGAGAGGCGGGGGUCCACUUUAGAGAAGCCCAUAUUCAGGGCAGAGAGGCGGGGGUCCACUUUAGAGAAGCCCAUAUUUAGGGCAGAGAGGCGGGGGUCCACUUUGGAGAAGCCGGUGCAUGUAGGAGAGAGACGGGCAUCAAUUGUAGAGAAGCCAGUAUUCAGGACAGAGAGGCGGGGGUCCACUUUUGAUAAACCAAUAUUCAGGACAGAGAGGCGGGGGUCAACUUUUGAAAAGCCAAUAUUCAGGACAGAGAGGCGGGGGUCCACUUUUGACAAGCCAGUGUUAAGGGGAGACAGGCGGAAAUCCAGUGCAGAGAAAUCAAAGAUGCAUCGAGAGAAAUUAAGGCUCAACAGAGAAAAUUUGAGAACUGGUGAUAAAAUGGAGGAGCAGGAAUCUAGCGCAGAGAAUUUGGAGGAAGGUUCAAGAAUGGAAAGUGUAAGUGAAGAGAACAUUGAAAACAUGAAAGAAGCUACUAGUGAUGAAAAAGUGAUUGAAGUUACCAAUGAGGAGAUGGAAAUUCCUUUUGAAAGUGUGGGAGAGACAGAUGAAAAGCUAGAAGAGAUUGAGGAAAAGGCGGAAGCUGAUGAGGAUACCUUGCCUGAUGGUGAAUCUGCUUCUGUGGGCAAGAAGGACAUGCUGAAUGAGCUAGAAGAACUAGAUGAGGAGCCCAGUGAAUGAGGCAGUUGAAGGAUUGAAGCUGAGACAGUUAUGAAAGUAAAAGAGGAAAAGUUACAGUCAAGCACUACAUUACUGAUGUCAAAAGGGUAAAAAUGAGAGAGGAAAGGAGAGUCUGACCCAAGAAGAGUGGGAAUUAAGACAGUUACUGGGCAUUAAAUGGGGCUAUUACCACGGGAAGUCAAGAAGAAUGAUGGAAAAAUGGGAGCAUUUUGAGAAGACAGACAAAAGUGGGUAAUGAGUUGAUGGGUAAAGGAAAAUUGGAUAUUGGGUUCUUCAAAAGCUAUUUGAGAGAUAAACCAGAUGGACUAGAAGAAUUUCUUCUGAACACGAUUGGAUGUACCAGAUGGAGAAGAAUGCCUAGUGAGGACAACCAGAAUGAGAACAGGGCUGUGAAGAAGAUGCAGGUGGAAAUGAGCAGAAAGUCUGAGAGAGGAUCCUGAAAAAUGACAGGCUUCAAAGUGACAAGAGAAGAGACAAUGAGCACAUUAAGAGGUCAUCUACCUUUUACCCUCAUUGCAAGGAAGAGAGAAGCCCCCUGAAUAUCUGUCAAAACUUCAGGAUUGUACAGGGUGUAGCUCAGUGAUCUGUGCCUUCCUGAGAUCAUCACACCCAGCCUCCUCUAGUGACUCUGGAAGCUAAGGAAUUAGCAGCUGUCUUAUAAGAGGCCCGUGUGGCACAAGAUUUCUGGAUGACAUUUUCACCUGGGAUAUCAGCUGCGUUCCAUCCAGGCCACAGAUGGACAAGUGAAGAUGGAGAUGCUGUGACAAAUGCCAGCCACUUUUCUCCAGGAUGGCAUCGAUCAGAAAUGGAAGAGAAUAUUGAAGCAGCAUCCCAAAUAUUAGUUCUGAAAAACAUGGAUACAGAAGAACAAAGGAGCACCUUGAGAUCCAGCUGUGGCCUAAGGAGGCCGCGAAUGAGUUGCCUCACCCUGAGGUGCCUCUCAGGGAUCCCUGGAGGGAGCGACUGACUCGAGUCACAUGCGGGACAGGGCUGCUGACAGGGUGUUUCCUGUACUUGUCAUCCUGUCAGCGAGCCACUGCACAGAGUUUGUUUGCCAAAUUGUGGUACAUUAUGCAAAUCUAAGUUCAAUUAAAUUAAUGCUUAGAAAUACAGAUAGGGAAAGCUAGUAAAGCCCUGUGACAAAGUAUGAUUACUGAGAUUAGAGUGCUUUGAACUUGAGCAUUAGGGAAUCUUAUGAAUUUGUAGGAUUAGCCAAGACUAGUACCCCUCUCUUAGGGAGACGCAUGUACAUUUGUAAAGGAUCCCAGCACCACAGGAGAGGUAUUUUGGAUAGCUUGGGGCUGACUUACAAGGGAAGAAAAGAGCCAGAAUGUCUUCUAAUACCCAGAGUAAAUUUCCUCUCCACAAAACACUGAAGUUUGAAUAGUCUGGGUUGGUUAACUGUGCAGAAAAGAACCGUGAGGAAGAAACGUGCGCGUGGCUCUGGAGGAAGUAGUCGGGGUAAAUGCCACACAGCAGCCUCUUUGAUUUCCACAGCUGAGCCCUAGACCUUAAUGUGAGAUGUGAAGAGUCACUCCA